AAUUUUGGUGUUUUCGUCGUCGACAAUAUAGCUGGGAGAUUGCCAAUGACACGCCAAGAGGCAAUCAAGCAUUUCGGUUGGGGUCUGACGGAGUUCGAGCGCGCGGAGAUCGAGCAAUAUUCCGAGAUCUGGUAUCUGGGCCUGGCGGUCCACAAAAUUCACGGCGAGGAGGGUGCCGCCCAAAACAACGGAUACGACGACGAAAAUGGGAACUACAACAAAGUCCUCCACGAUCACAUCUCGUACAGAUACGAGAUCCUGGAGGUGAUCGGCAAGGGAAGCUUCGGCCAGGUGAUCAGAGCGUGGGACCACAAGACGGCCCAGUACAUCGCCAUCAAGAUCAUCAGGAACAAAAAGAGAUUCCAUCAUCAGGCGCUCAUCGAGGUGCAGAUCUUGGAACACCUGAGGAAGAAAGACGUGGACGCGAACCACAAUGUGAUACACAUGCUAGAAUACUUCUACUUCAGGAACCACUUGUGCAUCACUUUCGAGUUAAUGAGGUACGUGGUGCCCGGUACAACAUUCUAUUUCUCGUCUCCUCCGGACGCGUUCGGCCUCGAAACACCGCGUGCGCUUAACAAACUUGAAAUACAGGUAAUCCUCCGAUAACACGGUAGAGAUAGG